CCCCCAAAGCUGUUCCGCGCGCCGUCAAGGUUUUGACGUUUUCUCUAUUGGCGUUUGAAAACGAGGCGCGACUUGGCGAAACCCAACAGACAACCGAUUUUAUAUGCUCCGUGAUAUCAGACGUAACUGGUUCGCUUUCAAUCGAUCAUGCGCCAAACGCUUUGUUUAUUGCUGAUGGGGGCGAUAGCGCUCACGUCGCAUCUUGGAGAAAGUGACGCAAUUGCUAUCGGAUCUGAGGUAAAACCAAAUCAAACGGUGUCGACCGCUAAUGAAACCAUUGCAGUGCCAACAAGUGUUGGACUAAACGGCACGAUUCAAUUCACUAUUACCAACAAUGGAACCGGAGCAAAAACCCAAAGAGAAAUUGCGAUCGGAGACGAAAUUACGCAAUUGUUUUUUGGAGAAGCUAAAGCUGAUUCCGUCGGUAAGGAUUCCAACAGUGGACCCGGGGUAAUGGUAACCCAAUUGGAAACGAUUAGUGAACAGGUUCCAGUCGUUCCAGUUCAGCAAGACGAAAAUGUCGGCACAGCUUUCGAUUCCUUGGCGGUCCCCAUCGACAGCCAACCACCGACCAUCGACAGCAUUGCCAUCGGAGCUGGAGAAUUAGGAAUCCAGCAGACGGUACAACAAGUUGAUGAACUCAUAACUCAAGUCGAGCAAGAGACAAACAAUUUCGGUGGACCUGUUAUUGGUGCGGGGGAUUCGUUUACCGCCAGUGAAACGGACAAAUUACAACCUCCAACGGAAAUGGUCGAUAGUAAAAUUUUUCAAGUCGAGCAAGAGACAAUUAAUGGAGGAGCUGUUCCAUCCGUGACCGCAGCAGACAUCGUUACGAGUAAUACCGGUACCGCCGGAGACGGAUUUCAAAUUAAUUUGGCGGGAGUACAAGAGAUGGGCGAAACGCCCAUCGUCGGUGUAGUCGAUCAAAUGACAACCCAAAUUCCAAUUUUCUGGCCUUCUGGAGAUGAGCCCGGUGAAUUAAAAAUAGAACACACAAUCAACCCGAACACCGAGGAGAGUGUCGAUAAAAUGCAGACCAGCGUCAACUUCUCAGGAGCGGCCAAACAAAUUCCGAUUUUCAUUAAUUCAAAAAUAAAACACGCCGUUUUCAAUAUUCACGUUCAGCCGUCACCACCGACAAGUCCAGCAGUUCACAGAAUCGUCAAGAAACCUGAGGACUAUUCACUGGACAUUGAAAUUGGCGUACCAGCGAUUCAACCCCCAACGGAGAUGCCGAAUUUCCCUCAAGUGGCUCAGGUUAAAGAAAUCGAUUUAGAGUUACCUGAUUUAAUUGCCAUUCCUAGCGGAUCGACAGAAAGCCCCGUCUAUCAAGUACCAAGCGAUGCCCAAGUGAAUUCUUUCGAUAUCGAUAAGAUUAUCCUGGGCGAAAUCAAUCAAACGCCCACUACUCCUGCUGAUACCUUCACUAUCGACACCGCCCAAAUUGGCGAUCAGCUGUUGCUAGUACAACCGGCAGAAAUUCCAAAUGUCGUUACCGAUGAUAGAACUAUGAGAUCUGCACUAGCUUCGCUGUCAAUCGUACCGAAUCCUGCCCAGCAAAUCAACGAUGGCCGCCUUCCCAGCCCCCCGGUCGUCAACAGCAAACACAUCGACGAUGCCGUUGACGAUAACAUUUCGUUAGAGAUAAUCGGUUUCAUUCCCCGCAAUCAGCUUCCAAUCAAUAAUCAGACCGUUGCCGAGACUCGACGGCCAAUUUUGGUCAAGUUUGACGAUGUAUCAGCCGAAGAGCUGGGCCGCUUUAAUGGAAGCCAAGCAAUCUUUCUCUCACGCCCAUCUUCGGUCAAAGUGUCCAGUCACGGUGAAAACCGACAGAACGGCCCGAUGGUGGUACAAUCGGUCAGAAUUGACCCAGUUCAACCGACGAAUACAAUCAACGGAGACGAUAAUUCUGGCGAAAUCGACGUCGAUGUAUCCGUAGAGAAAGCGGACAUCCGCACCAGCAAUCUGUCUCGGCAUUCAGACGAACAGGAUGAUGACAUGUCGCUCGAAGUUGAUUUCAAUGUACUUCCUCAGAUCAAACGCAUAUUGAGGCGGCAAUUUCAAAAGAAACCCAAAAAUCCCAAAAUGGUCUUUUUCCAUCAUCACUCCGACGAGCAAGACGAUGACGCCUUUGAACUGAAUAACAUUUUGGCGAAUCCCGUUUUCCAGCGAAAGUUACAAGAAAUGGACGAGCGUUUGAAAUCCGCACCAGAGGCGAGAGGCAAGCGCCUCAUGGAAAAAUACGCCGAAGCUCUGGCCAUGUCGGCCUCAUCCGCAGCCGCCGCAACGAUUAACUUUUCUUUGUAUUUCCCGCUUUUAAUCGCAUGUCUUUUGGUUAAAUGGUCCUUUUAGAUUUUUUUUUUUUUUACGACUGGAUUUUUUAGCGCACAUAUUCUACUCGUUGAAUACAUUAUUACCUUUUUUUAAAAAAAGAAAAAUUCAAAACAUUUUCCGUUUCCGUAAUUUUGGUCGGUCUACUUUACUACUUUUUUGUUUAACCGCAUAUUCAGAAAUAUAUUUUUCGGUUUUAGUAAUCGGCUGUAUAAGUUGUCAUACGAAUAAUAAACGGUAUACUUUGGAA